UCAUUGAAUCCAAGCAUGAGCAAUGAACUAGCUCAUGACUUUUCUCCUCUCAUCAAAAUAUACAAAGAUGGUCGAAUUGAGCGGCUCACAGGCACAACAACCCUUCCUCCAUCCUUAGAUCCCCAAACCCGCGUCGAAUCGAAAGACGUUGUGAUCUCAAAAGAACCAGCAUUAUCUGUCAGGCUUUACCUCCCCACAAAAUCCACCACCAACUUCCCCAACAAAAAGCUCCCUCUUCUUGUUUACAUCCAUGGAGGCGGCUUCGUGGUCGAACACGCCUCUUCUCCCAUUUACCACAACUACCUUAACGCCUUAGUCGCGGAGACCAACAUUGUUGCUGUCUCUGUUGAGUAUAGGCUAGCCCCAGAGCACUCUCUGCCUGCCGCUUACGAUGAUGCAUGGGGUUCUCUCAAAUGGGUUGCUUCCCAUUCUGAUGGAAAGGGCUCUGAAGAUUGGCUAAAUCGCCAUGUAGAUUUCCAACGUGUGUUUAUUGCUGGGGACAGUGCCGGGGCUAACAUAGCACACAACGUGGGCUUGAGAGUAGGCUCUGAGGGGUUGGGUGGUGUUAAGCCAAAAGGGAUUGUGUUGGUGCAUCCAUAUUUUUGGGGCAGUGAAGCCAUUGGGGCAGAGCAAGCUCUGCCCCCAGUGGUAAGAGAGUACAUGGUUGGUUUGUGGCGUUUGGCUUACCCUUCGACUAGUGGAUCCGAUGACCCGCUUUUCAACCCAGGCAAGGAUCCGAAACUCGGGGGAUUGGGGUGUGAGAAAGUGCUGGUUUGUGUUGCUGAGAAAGAUGCUUUGAAAGAUAGGGGAUGGCAUUAUAGUGAGGUACUAAAGAAGAGUGGAUGGAAAGGGGCUGUGGAUGUGAUUGAAUCAAAGGGGGAGAACCAUGUGUUCCAUUUGUUCAAUCCCACUUGUGACAAUGCUGUGGCCUUGUUAAAAAAAAUGGUUUCUUUUAUUAAUUAG